AUUCGGCCACAUUAUCAAAAGCUGAUUUGUUUUCAUGAAACUAAAAAGUCUGGUAUUUGAUGGAACAAAGGAAUUAAGUGAGUAUAAAGAAAAAAAGAAAAGCAGAGAAAUAUCUUGUUCUUUCCAAUUUCCGGUAGUUUUAAUGAAGUAAACUUCCUUGCAAACAAAAUUUAAGGAACUUAACUUCGAUUCCUUGUUCCAUAGCAGUUCGUUCAGCUCAAAGCCUGUUUCAUUAGAAAUGGAGGCAGCGCCAAUGCUGGCUUCACACAGCUUUUACUGUCGUAAUGGAGAAUCAAUCGACGAUCUCAGCUUGUCUCUACCAAUUUUGCCCUUGUUUUCUUUGAAAUUCAAGGUGCAUUCCAUCAGACACCCAAAAAUUGUCCGCGGGUUUUCAGUACGGAUGCAGCAGAGGGAGUCUCCCACAAGACUAGGUAGAUACGGACGCCCUAUAGAAAUGGUACCCACAAGUGAAAUCAUGAGGCGGAAAGCUCCAUCAGUAAAUGGAGUUGAAAUAGUGAAUGGAAAAAGUGGAGCAAGCAUAGUUAAGAGAGACGCUGCUCCUACUGUAAUGAGAAAAGCCAAGUCUAUAGAGCUUCCCCCUGUGGAUUUGCCUUCAGAUGAAGGUUUCAUUUGGGCGAGUGAGAAUUAUAAUUCUGUUCAAAGAAGCAUAGAUGUAUGGUCCUUUGUUCUUUCAUUACGUGCACGCGUUUUCUUAGAUAAUGCAAAAUGGAUGUAUAUGGGAGGCUUUUCAGAAGAUAAGCAGAAAAAUAGAAGAAGGAAAACUGCUUCAUGGUUAAGAGAGCGCGUGCUGCAACUUGGACCUACCUUCAUCAAACUCGGUCAAUUAUCCUCAACUAGGUCUGAUCUUUUUCCACGAGAGUUUGUUGACGAACUUGCUAAGCUUCAGGAUAGAGUGCCUUGCUUCUCGCCAGAGAAAGCAAAAGAUUUGAUAAAGAAGGAGUUGGGAGUUCCGGUUGAUCUCUUAUUCAAGGAAUUUGAAGAUAGACCAAUUGCUGCUGCUAGUCUUGGUCAGGUCCAUCGUGCGAUCUUGCAUAACGGAGAAAGAGUUGUGGUGAAAGUUCAAAGACCUGGCUUGAAAAAGCUUUUUGACAUCGAUUUAGGAAAUCUAAAAUUAAUUGCUGAAUACUUUCAGAAUAGUGAAACGCUUGGUGGCCCAUCCCGGGACUGGAUAGGGAUUUAUGAAGAAUGUGCCAAGAUAUUGUACGAGGAAAUUGAUUAUAUAAACGAAGGGAAGAAUGCUGACAGAUUUCGACGGGAUUUUCGAAAUGUAAAAUGGGUCCGAGUUCCUAUGGUGUACUGGGAUUAUACAGCCACGAAGGUGUUGACACUGGAGUAUGUUCCAGGAAUAAAGAUCAACUCGUUGGAUGCAAUUGAAGCACGUGGUUUUAGCAGAUCCCGAAUAUCAUCUCGAGCAAUUGAAGCCUAUUUAAUUCAGAUACUAAAGACAGGUUUUUUCCACGCCGAUCCCCACCCUGGAAAUCUUGCUUUAGAUCUUGAUGAGGCUCUAAUCUACUACGAUUUUGGUAUGAUGGGAGAGAUUAAGAGUUUUACCAGAGAGAGGCUGCUUGCUAUUUUCUACGCUGUUUAUGAAAAAGAUGCAAAAAAGGUUAUGCAAGGCCUCAUUGAUCUUGGAGCACUUCAACCCACUGGAGACAUGUCUUCGGUGAGGAGAUCUGUUCAGUUUUUCUUGGAUAAUUUGUUAAACCAAAGGCCUAAUCAACAACAGACCAUGUCAGCAAUUGGCGAGGAUUUGUUUGCCAUUGCGUUGGAUCAGCCAUUCCGAUUUCCUUCCACCUUCACUUUUGUCUUGAGGGCAUUCUCAACCCUUGAAGGCAUCGGCUACAAUUUGGACCCAGAAUUUUCCUUUGCUAAGAUUGCAGCCCCAUAUGCGCAGGAGCUCUUAGAUUUGAGACAGGCGCAGCAAGGCCGAGCGCAACUUGUCCAGGAAUUAAGGAAACAAGCCGAUGAUGCCCGGUCAUCAACCAUAUCAAUGCCUUACAGAGUUCAGAAGAUCGAAGAGUUUGUCAAACAACUUGAAUCUGGAGAUUUGAAGCUACGAGUUCGAGUCCUCGAGUCAGAAAGAGCGGCGCGCAAGGCAACCGUACUCCAAAUGGCAACCGUGUAUGCAGUUUUAAGUGGGACACUAGUGAACCUCGGUGUAACAAUCAGCAGUCAAGGCAAUCAAGUUGUUGCCAACGCAGCGUUCGUUUGUGCAGGUGUUUUUGUAACCUUGUUCAUUAGGUCCAUGCAGAGGGUGAAGAGUCUUGAGAAAUUUGAGAAAAUGAUUUGAUUUUACAUCUUAUGAUUUUCUCUCUUUUGUUUAUUCUUUUAUUUCCCAAUAGCUAAAAUGUUUGUUUUUUCUUGCAUAGGUUGGAAUGUAAUUACUAUAACAACUUCUAAAGUUGAUUGUGUAUUGUGAUUGCAAAAUGUAGGCGCAGAAUUUGACUCGGUACAUAAUUUAAGAGAAGUAGAGUUAUACUCCCUCAAUUCUAAUUUAAAUUGUCCCUUUCAAUUUAUGAUAUUUGAUUGAAAUUAUUUUUAAAUCAAUUUAUUUAAGAAUU